CCUCGACACUUUUCAAUUCAUAAGAGUCCCCUUCCCUCCAUCAAAACUCAAUCCAAAACCAAGACCACGCCAAUUCCUGAAGUUGAUACCGAUUUGUCAUUAUUCAAUCUGAUAUUCGCUUUCUGAAAUUGAGCCACGAAGUUUCAAAUUCCCAAAAAAAAUGGUAGACGAUGGGGAAGAACUCGAACCGCUAUUUGAUUACCAUCGAGUUCAGCCGAUGAACUUCGUUUGCAUCGACGAUGAUGAAUUGGAUUCGCCGGUGAAGCCAGCGCCAAAAAGAGCGAAAGCCUCUGAAACUGUAGUCGAAAAGGCUGAUGAAGAUGUGAAAGUGAUUACGGUAGCCGUGGAUGAGGAUUGGUUGCCUCCUCCUCCCAAGGUUAUCUCGAAUGGAGGUGAUCUGUCAGAAUUCCGGUUGUCUUACAUGUCCUGGUGCAAGUUGAAGAGGCAGGAGCUAUUAUCAUUCACGAAAACAGCAGAAGAUGUGAUGCGAGAAGUCGAGACAUCUUCUAGAAGGAAGGUAGAUCUAUUCUCUGAUCCUUCUUCAGAGGUUGCUGGUAAGACCCUGCAAGAGCCUCAGAAUGGGAGGGUUAAGAUUGUUAUCAAAAUUCAGGACAAAGAUGGACCACAGCAAUAUCGUGUUUACGCGGAUGAGAAAUUCGAGCGGCUCUUCAAAAUGUAUGCUGAUAGAGCGAAGCUUAACCCACAAAACCUUGUGUUUUGUUUUGAUGGGGACAAGAUUGAUCCAACAACCACUCCUGAUACCCUCGGGCUGGAGGAUGAUGAUAUGAUUGAAGUGCACACCGUGAAAAGCUGACGAGAGGGGGGAUGAUGCCAAGCAAGAGGGGUGACAUCAAUCCAUCUCUCUGUGGCCGUGAAUCUCUGCGGGAUGGAAGCUUUGGACAAGUUCUUAAUUUGGAGAAUUCUGCAUCUCUUUGGUAUCAUUCGGAAAAGGAUGGAUGCGGCAUAUUUUCUCUGUUAGAACAUGUUGUUCGUAUGUGGUCUGACCCAGCAAUAUCCCUGUGGUGAUGCCAAAUUUUCUGUAGCCAGCUUAACCAAGUAGUCUGUAAAACCCAUGUCAUUUUGUUUAUUCGUAACCGGUCGGUUAGGUUU